AUGGCAGCCACGCAGCCCGUGGAUGAAUUCGGCCUUGAAUGCAAGGCCGAAUUCAUCGGCCAAUGUUGCCAUCAAGACGUUGAUGGCGCGCUGCGGUGGUUUCUUACUGACCCCACCAUCUCCAAGCUUACCUUCCCUCCCUGCUCCACCAGCCGUGAUUCCAACGAGCACCUCCUUUUCCUUUCCAUUCCGUGCUUUCAAUCUCUCGUUUCCCUCUCGUUCAGAUUAGCCACCAAUCUCGCCGCCAUGGAGGCCAUGCCGGCCGACGAAGCUGCUCCGGAGGCUGGCCCUAACGAGCCACCUAUACCGGCGAAACCAGUAGGCCCGUCCCAGCCGGAGAUAGCCGCCGAUGCUCCGCGUUCUGGGCUCGAUUUUCUGCGAGCUACGGCUGCUCCUGUAACACCAGAGCCGCCUAGGUCCACAGUUCAUGACUCCGCCGCUGUAGUGACACCUACCCCUACUGAUUAUCCCACGCCUGUCGCGUUCAGUCUCCCCCCGGCUGUUGCUGGCUGCAGCAAAGACCCUCCACCGUCCGCGACCAGUCCCACUCCAAGCACGGUGCGGGUCUCCCUUGGCCCGCUGUCGGCAUCUUCCACUCCCAAGCGGGCCCGAUGCGGAAAGUGGUCGCAGAGUACUCUGGUGCUGGAAGUGUCAGAGAUUGCGAAGACGAUCGAGUCAACCACGGGGGACCUGACGGAGCGCUACUUGACGCCUGAGAAGGCUUACGGGGGAGAAGGGAAGAGCUGGCUGGUGAACUUCCUCAAAGUCCACAAGGAGGGUGGAGGCAAGCAGGUCCGGGUGCGAGGCGUGGACGGUGCUGGACAGCCUAUCAACCACCUCUACACCAUGCAUGAGAGGAAGCUGAAGGGACACAAGCAGGGGAGCACUUACGCAGACUGCGUGAAGCUGUGCCGCAAAUUCGCCAAGGACUGCGUGGACAACCUGAACGAUCGGCUGGAUGAUCUUGGGAAGCUGGGGCCGACUAAGCUGUUCCGGGCGGCAAAGUGGCCAAAGAUCAAGGCUCAGCGGGAGAAGAAGUGUAAGGAGUGGCUGAACGGAUGCAGCAGGCUGUUCCGCAACAAGCUGCCGGGAUUCGACCUCAAAGCAGCAGAGAGGGAGCUCCCGACCUUCUGCGCCAUCAUGGAGAGCCACCAUGAGAUGGAGAGCUUCACCCAAGGCCUGUCCAACUUUCUCGGGAGUCCAGACUCAAAGAGGAGGCGCCCUGCGAAGAGCUUGAAGCUGGCUGUGGCAGAGAGGGAGAGGAAGGGGAAGCAGAAGGAGGGUGAAGAUGUGGCUGCCGGACAUGCUGGAGAGAACGAGGAUGAGGUGGAAGAGGAGGAGGACGAUGAGGUGGAGCAGGCCUUUGGCGACGAUCAGGAGGUCGUGGGGGAGGAAGAAGUGGAAGACAAUCCAUUCCUGUCGGACGAUGAGGACGUGGAGGAGGUGUACUUCAUUGACAAGCCUGUGCAGUAG